CAUGAAACGGUGAAACUUGCUAACAUUACUUAUUUACCUUAGCCAAAUAGCUAACUGGCAAGGCAUCUGCUUUAUGCUUCAUAGACAACGCCUCCUAAAUAUGAGUUAUAAUGGCAGAUCCAGGAUUUCCAGGUCAACAUACAACUACAACUACAGUUCAGACGUCCAGUACUACUGUACAGACUACAAUUCGAUUUGAUCCAUUGUAUAUAAGAACUCUCCCUGGAUUACUCAAAGUAAUACAAAUUGUUUUAAAUCUGGUUGGAUUUAUUUGUAUCGAAGCAAGUGGGCCAUUUUCGUAUCAUAGUAGAGGAUCAUGGUUCAACUUUGUGUCAAUGACAGCUUUUUGGUUUACAGGCAUAUUACUUGCGUUAUAUUUAUUCCACAUUGUUGAGAAAUUUUACCAGAUACCUUGGUUAAAAAUUGAAUUUAUUUUUUGUGCUAUUUGGACUGGUUUGUACUUAAUUGCUGCAUGUGUAGCUGUUAGCUUUGGUGUAGAAGCUUAUAUUGCUGCUGGGUUCUUCGGAUUUUGUGCCAUGAUUGCAUACGGAUUUGAUUCCUUUUUGAAAUUUAAGGCAAUCAAGAGCGGACAGCUGGCUCAAGGUGAGAGAGUCAUUAAUAAACAAACGACAGUUAGGACCGCUACUUAUUAGUGUUCAAAUUGUUAUAUAAGUACAUAAAAUUUAUUUUUUUAUAUAGUUAUAUGCAUACCAUUAUUUUCUUUUUAAUUUAAUUUGUACAAUUUUACUUUUUAUUACCAUUAUUAUUAAUCUUACAUAGAUUUAAACUUUGUAUAUACUCCUAUAUGUAGAUUAUUUUUUUUGUUUUACGGUUUAAAUCAUGUUUAUAUUGUUUAACAAAUAAGUAAUAUUUAUUAUUCAUAUAUACAUAUUUAUUUUUAAGUAAUAAAAGUAUGCAAUGAAAUUGCCUUACGAUAACAGGUUUUUAUUAAAACUUGAGUAAUCAUGUUUCGAAUUUCUUUUAUACAGUGUGUCCACAGAUGGAGUUGGAAAAAGACUUCCCUGUUAAAAAUCUUGUAAGGGGCAAAAUAAUUUCUGGGUAGACCUUUUCCACGUAUAAACUUUUAUAUUUUUUGAUAUUAUAUGUUGGAAAAUUUAAACCAAUUGCUAACAAAUAUCUGACAAUAUCAAAUUUGAAUCUGGGGAUGCCCUGUAGGUACAUAUUGGAUGUCGAAAAAGAACUGUUUAUUUAUGUCUUUAUUAACUGAUAUAUGGAUUGAGUUUUAAGGAUAAAAUUAACUAUUAUAUUUUUAGUCACUUCUUUAUAGAGAACACCCUGUUUUAUAAAAUAAAAAAUAGAAUUUUCCCUGUUUUUUAACUUCAUCCGUGGACACACUAUAAUCAAGGAACACUUGUCAUUAAGAUACUAUUUCUAAAUACAAUAAAUUUAAUCCUGUAC